AUGCAGAAGCAAGUGCAAGAUGGUGUUGGUAGCAUAGACGGCGGUGAGAACCUUCCAAUCGAUAAAAUCAUUCAGAAUGCACGGGACGAGGCCGAAACAAUAUCGAGCCGAGACCGAUAUAACAUUGUCAAAGCUAUUCGAACCUUCGGUGUCAACGCAGACGGUCGUAUUCCGUGGGCGAAGGUUAGAAAGCAGUUAGGUGGUCGUUGGCGGCGUCCUACAAUCAUCCUAGUCUGGUACCGCUUGAAGCAUUCCGUCCCCGACCAUACUAUCAUGGCUGUCCCUGAGAUUAUCAGACAACUCAGUGUGAAGUAUCAUGAGACCAAAGAGCUCGACUUCCCCAGUGGCAAGGACUACGAUCAAAAUGCAGAAUACAGUGAAAUCGAGCGUAAGGUCAACAAGAUCUUAAGUAAGACCCAGCGCGGACCAAAGACUCCAGCCACCGUUGUUAAGACCGACGAUGAGGACGAUGAUGAUGACGACGACGAUGACGACGACAAGGAGAUCGCAGACGAUAAUAAGGAAAGUGUCGCAGAUGAAGAUAGCCAGGAGGAAGAUGCAGAAAGCAACGAGGAAGAUCAGCAGAUUGAAGAGAAUGAGGAUAAAACCGAGAAUGAGAAGAGCAAAGGCAGCGAUCAAAGUAGAAGCGAGAGUGGCGAUGAGAGUGCCUCCGGUGACCAAUCAGAGAACGAAGAGCUUCCAGAGCAAGUUGAAACGGAACACGCCGCUGAUGACAUCAGCAACCUAGGAAGCAAUGUGGAAGAAGACCAAAACCCCCAGCGCGAGUCUUCGAUUGAGUCUCCUAUCGCCAAUAUUAGGUCACGAAGAGCCUUUAAAAACCAGAAACGUCAUAGCUUAUCCGGCAAAGUCAUGACUUCUCGAACUCCAGUUUCCAGCAAGCGCAAGGUUGCCACGAAAAUGAGCGAAGCCAGUGAUAACGAGCAAGGCUUAGAUGUUGAGGAAGAACUAAGCAGUGAUACAAACGCAAGCGAAGUGGAGAGCAUUCCGGCGCAUUUGUAA